GGCCCCAAGCCAAGGGGAUGGACAUAGGUGCCCAGGUCUCCAGCUGGUCCCACAGUGGCGGCAGCAGGAAAAGGGAUGCCUGGGAAGGGCAAGGCUGGGACCUCAUUCCCACCGUUGCUUCAGGAGACACUGCGUUUGAGAGAGAAGGAGGGCUGCCCACAGGCCUUCCAUGCGCUCCUCUCGUGGCUCCUGACCCAGGAUGCGGCAGCCAUCCUGGACUUCUGGAGGGUUCUUUUCAAGGACUACAACCUGGAGAGAUAUGCCCGGCUGCAGCCCAUCCUAGACAGCUUCCCCAAAGAUGUGGACCUCAGCCAGUCCCGGAAGGGAAGGAAGCACCCGGCCGGCCCCAAGGCCACUGCACUGCUGCCUAGGCCCCCCAGCAAGAGGAAGGCCCUGGAAGGACCACCGACAGCCCCGCCAGCAGCCCUGUCCCCGAGGGGCACCUCCAGUCCAGGCUCCCAAGCCAAGGCCAAGCCGGCCAAGAAGCUGGAGAGCAGCGCGGAGCCACAGCGCCUCCCAUUGGGCAACGGAAUUCAGACCAUGUCCACCUCAGUCCAGAGAGCCAUGGCUGUGUCGUCUGGGGACGUCCCGGGAGCCCGUGGCGCCGUGGAGGGCAUCCUCAUCCAGCAGGUGUUUGAGUCAGGUGGCUCCAAGAAGUGCGUCCAGGUUGGGGGGCAGUUCUACACCCCCAGCAAGCUCGAAGGCCCCGGCGGGGGGAAGAACAAGACCCGCAGCGGUGGCCUGAAGACCCUGGUCCCAGCCAAGGGGACCCAGGCUGCUGCCCCCGGUGGAGGCGAUUCGAGGGCAGGCCCACGGGACAGGGCCCUGGCCCGCCCUGCCCUCCUCAGUGAGCCCCAGCUCCACCAGAAGAACGAGGACGAGUGUGCGGCGUGCCGGGACGGCGGGGAGCUGAUCUGCUGUGACGGCUGCCCCCGCGCCUUCCACCUGGCCUGCCUGUCACCGCCGCUCAGAGAAGUCCCCAGUGGGACCUGGAGGUGCUCCAGCUGCCUCCACGGGACAGCCCAGCAGGACCUGCCCCGGACCGAGGAGCCCCGGCCCCAGGAGCCGCCCGCAGAGACCCAGGUCCUCCUGGGACUGAGGUCAGCAGGAGAGGAGGCAAGGGGACUGCCCAGGGAGCCCCCGGAUGGAGUGGAUACUGCUGUCACCUACAAGCAUGUGCUGGUCCCACCUUCUGCAGCCCCCCUGCCUCUGCUGGAUCCCUCCGCCCUGCGCCCCCUACUGUGUGUGGGCCCUGAGGAGCAGCAGGUGAGGGGGUGCUGGGGUUGGGUGGCUGUCUUUAGGAAGCUGAGGGUCCACAGGUGCAGCCAGAAUUCAGUUCGCAGGAGCUGGCCUGGAGAAGCACACGGCCUCCCACCGCCUUGGCAGGGCCACUGCCCCCACAUGCCUCUACAGGGAGUCCUGCCUCCGUGGGGAUGUCCUCAGUACAGGUGUGGAAGUGGGGUAACUUCCUCCCUUUCCGGGUUCCAGGCGGGGGACGAUCCUGCUCGUCAUGAGCCGGUUCUGCACAGGGAUGACUUGGAGUCCCUCCUGAGUGAGCACUCCUUUGACGGCAUCCUGCAGUGGGCCAUCCAGAGCAUGGCCCGCCCGCUGGCCGAGGCACCCACCUUCCCCUCCUGAUCAGGGACUCCCAGCCUGCAGGCAGCAUGGGAGGGGGAGGCGAAGCCCCAGAGCAGACCUCACCCUCACGGAGGCAGCGACUCUGCUCUGAAAGGGACAGAAGGGGACGUGCUCCCUCACCUCUGGCAGCUGCCGGGUUAGGACUAGGAACUGAGUUCAAGUGCUGUUAACUCUCAGCUUGUCAACAGCCCUGUCUUGGCAGCACAAAGCCACCGUGUGCACUGAAAUUAAAGUCACUUCUGUGUGCUCUCCA